AUGCCACCUCAGUCUGGAGGCUCCCCAGAGUCACCUGAGGAUGCAGCAGCACGUGGUGCUGCUGCCUCUCUUGCAAGCAAUGAAGAUUCAUUAGCAGCAGAAUCUGUGGACUCUGCUGCUGCUGCUGCAGCAGGGGGGAACUGCUGCUCCCUCGAUGCAGCCCUGGGCCUGGGCGAUGAGCCCAUGGAAGAGCAACAAGCUGACUCAGAGGCGGAGAGUGAGCAGGCAGAGCAGCCGCUGCUGCUGCUGCAGCAAGAGCUGCAUGCAUCUAGCAGCUCGCCUUGGAGUGGCAAUGCGAUCAGUGCUGAGGGAACCAGCAGCACCAGCAGCAGCAGCAGCAGCAGCAAAGCGCCGGAUGCUCUUAAAAAGGAAACAGAUCCAGAAAAGGCAGCAGCAGAAGCAGCAGAACGAAAGGCAAGGGCUGCUUGCGUUAAGAGGGCUCAGGAUCUGGAGAAGAUUUGGCUCCUGGGGUGGGUAACAUGGCUGCAGGGUCUCAACAGCAGUGUCAUAGAAGGCCGCAGCAGCAGCAGCAGCAGCAGCAGCGCCUCAAAAUGCACGCCGCUGCUGCAGGGAGCAUGUCUUUCUGCGUACAUUGCCUUCUGCAGCAAGGCUCAGCAGCAGCACCAGGAGCACCAGCAGCAAACAGCUGCUGCUCACAGAAGUCGCCGUUUGUUGCUGCAGCAUCUGCGGCUGCUGCAGCAGCAAGUCUCACAGGCUAAAGAAGAAGCUUCGGCUUCUUCUGCAGCAGCAGCUGCAGCGGCAGCUGCAGCAGCAGCCCCCGUCGAUCCAUCAGGAGACGGCGCUAAGGCAUCCGCACCAACUGGGGGCUCAGUGGGUGAGUCAGCAGCAUCAACAGCAGCAGCGGUGGCAGCAGCACCAGGGUCUGCUGCUGCUGCUGCUGCUGCCGGCACAAAGACAGAGGGAGGCGAGUACUGCAUUCCUGCUGACGGAUUUGCUGCUUUUUGCUUCAUCUCCAAUCUUCAGCUGCUGCCGGAGAACCGUUUGUGUCACCCCUUCUUUGCAGCAUCAGUACCGCAUGCUGCUGCUGCUGCUGCUGCGGCGCGCAGGGCGCAGCACGCGUACCAGCAGCAGCAGCAGGCUGCUGCAGCUGCUGCUGCAGCAAGACUUUCCACUGAAGAGAUCGCCGCUGCCAAAUCCGCCUCAGAGGCAGCAGCUGCUGCGGUCCUCUCCAGCAUGCGCCAUUCUUCGCUACAGCAGCAGCGGCAGAAGCAGCAGCAGCGUGUUCCAAAGGAAGAGGAUGGAGAGCACAAAGGCUCCAGCAGCAGCAGCAGCAGCGAAGGGGUGGCUCUGCUGCGGCCAGCGCUGCCCCUUGCUGCGAGCCGCCGCAUGCCUUUCCCCUUUGGAUUCUCUUCCGUUCUUUUCAGGGCUUUGGGAGCUUUGAAUUCUGCGAAGGCCUCAAGUUCUCUUCUGGCUGUGCUGUUUGUGGCCCUCUGCCGCGCCUUGGACCUCAACGCCCGGCUGGCCGUGUUGCUGCCGCCUGCAGGUCUGCGCACUCCCAAGACGGAGCAUGAUAGCGCCUGCGUGUCGGCCCCUCCCAGCUGCCUAGUUCGUCUCUUUGAGGCUGCGGGCCUGCCUCUGCCGCCGUUUGCUGCUGCAGCAGCAGCAGCAAGAGCAGCAAGAGCACCAGGCGCAACAGGAGCAGCGACAGCAGCAGAUGGACAAGGGCGCCGACGAGCCACAGGGCACCUGCGGGCGGCCGUGGGCGCGCAGCAGCAGCAGCAGCAGCUUUUGAGGGCGAAUCCAUACGACUGUCUUUUUUGUGUCCGAAAGCCACCAGCAGCAGAGUCAGCAGCAACAGGAGCAGCAGAAGUUGCAGGCCCCCCAGUGCCCACUCCCGCAGGUCGGGUGCGUGCUGCUGCCACACGACUGCUGCCUCACAGGAGACAGGUCCGCAGCGGAGCGGGGAGAGCAGCAGCAGGAGCAGCAGAAGUGACAGCAGCAGUUGAGCAGCAGCUGCCGCCCUUGAGCAGAUCCGAGCUGCUGCAGCUGCUGCAGCUGCCGGCGCCCCUGCAAAUGUGGGGCGAAGUUUUCUGCCCGCAGGAGAAGCGCUGGAUUGCCUGUGUCUUCAAGGGGCCGCAGCAAUCUGUUUAUGAUGCUGCUGAUGUUUUGGCGGGACGCAGGCUGCCCACAGUUUCCCCUCCUGCUGCAGCAGCAGCAGACGCGGCUGCUGCAGCAGCAGGCUGCUACGCUCCGAGAGCCGUGGACGUUGCGCAGGAGACCCUGCAGCUGAUUUUUCUCAGGCGCUGCUGCGUGGUGCAGCAGCAGCAGCUAGCUGAGCUGCGCAAGAUACAGCAGCGGGCAAAAGAGCAGCUGUUGAAGCUGCAGCAGCAGCAAGAACUAGCUGCUGCAGCAGAGCGCAACGCCCGCUCCCUUACUAGCGGGCUUCUUCUUACUGCGAAACCCCCACGCUGCGCGGCUUCAGCAGCUCGAAAUCGCAGCAGCAGCAGCAGCAGCAGUGACAGCGAACCUGACGCAGAGGGAGACGCAGCAGCAAGUAACCAAAACACCCAUGGCGCUGAAGAUUUGAAGACUGAAGGCAUUUCGGAGUGCGCGGCCUCCAAACAAACACCAGCAACAGCAACAGCAACAGCAACAGCAGCAGUGCGCCGUUUUGCUUCCCCAGGUCAAAGGCGACCUCUCUACUGGGAAGCCGGGCAGUGGGGCAUCCUUUUCUUAAAGCCGGAUUACCUAGCUCUUUAUGUGUUUCCCCAGCCGCAGCAGCAGCUGCAGCAGCAGCAGCAGGUGCUGCAGUCUCCCGUGCUGCGCUCGCUGCUGAAAAAAAAAAAAAAAAAAAAAAAAAAAAAACCACCUCAGCUGCAGCGUCUGCUGAAAGCUGCAGCAGAUGCGACGGAAGGGGCCUCUUCUGAGCCCAGCAGCAGCAGCAGCAGCAGCUACAGCAGCAGUAGGCGCAGCGUCACGGCGGCGCCCCACGAGAUGGCAGAAGAGGCCGCGCUGCUGGCUGAUGAGUUUGCUGCUGCAUGGAAGCAAAGCAGCAGCAGGAAAAGGGGCGCCGCGCAGCCCACUGGGGGACUUGGCUCUAGAGCUGCCGGAAGCACGGGCAAACGCAAGGCAGCAGCAGCAGCAGCUGGCGGCGGCGAACUCUUAGGCUUGGAUUUCCUUCGCGCCCGCAAACAGGCACGGGGAGGCGCGCUGCUGCGGCAGCGGCAUGCGCAGCAGCAGCAGCCGCAGCAGCAGCCGCAGCAGCAGAGGCAGCAGCAGCAGCCGCAGCGUAGACGGCCAGCAGAUGGACUUCUCCCGGCAGCACAGCUUGCUGCCUCUAGCGUGUCAAAGGAAUCUGAAGAAGGCCCACCGUGGGAAUUUGCUGCACGGAUCGCGAGCUCCAAGGCUGCUUUGCUGCAGCCGCAGGCGCAGCAGCUGCUGCAGCCGCAGCCGCAGCAGCAGCAGCCUCACGUUUCCGCCUUGGACCAACAAGGGCGCGACGCAGUCCGCUUUAUUCUGGCAGUGGAGUCUUCAGGAGAGCUGAAAGACGUGACCCACAGAUACGUUUCUAGCCAAGGUGUUGGCAUUUUCGAGGGCGAAGCUGUUUACCUGCGGCGAGAUGUGCUGCUGCUGAAGACAGCCAGGCAGUGGCGGCGGGAGCACCGCCAAGUCAAAGAAGAAGAAAAGCCUCUCAAGACCAUGAAAAUGGGACCUCUAAGGCAGCCUUCAGCCCACUUGACUUCGCUCUCCACUGCCCAGGUGCUGCACCGCUAUCCGCACCUGCUACGGCAUCAGCAGGAGAAGCAGCAGCAGCAGCACUUGGCGCUGCAGCAAAUGUGGAGCAACCAACGCUUGGCGCUAAAAGCUAAGAACCCCUGUCUGCGUUCGGCCCUCCAGCAGCAGCAGCAGAAGCAGCAGCAGCAGCCACUGACGCAGGAAGUGGGCCUCUUUGCAGAAUAUCAGACAGAGCCCAUGAAAAGACAGAAAGUCGCUGAUGGCCGUCUCCCUGUGGGGCCUCAGGGGACCAUAGAAGUUGGCGAGCUAGCACCGGUGCCCGUGGGGGCGACCCACUUGUCCGUGGCCGAGUGGCAGCGGGAGAACUCCAGAUCGGCUUUGAGCGCAGCGUCUCUGGGGCAGGCGCUGCAGACUGCAGCAGCAGAAGUCUUGGGGUCCACCGGGGAGGGCAAGUGGGCCCCUGCUGUUGUGGGUUUUGAGCGGGAAGUGGGGGGUGCCUGGCGGGCUGUGCGCGACGGGGUGGUAGUGGUGGAAGCAGCAGCAGCAGCAGUGCGCAGUCGGUGGCAGCAGAUUGCUGCGGAAAGAGAAGCAGCUGCUGCCAGGAGGAGGGAACAGGCGCGCAAUGCAAAGCUGCAGCUAGCCUACAAGAAGUGGAGAGCCCUAUUUAAGGCCAUUCUCUACGCUGCUACCUACAAGCAGGACCACCCUCUAGGGCGGCAGCAGCUGCAACAGCGGGCGCAGCAGCAGCAGCAGCAGCUGCUGCAGGAGGUGCAGCAGCAGCAGGUUGGGCUCACAGCCAGAAGUAGCAAAUCGCCCCCCCCUGCGACCCCCCAAGAGGCCACGAGUUUGUCUUCUCCCGGGGCUGUCCCCAACGCGGAGGCUGUCUGGGAAACAAUUUAG